UUAAACAAGACGUCCAAAUAUGAUGUCGUUCCAUACACAACCCGAGACUUUUCCACUGGAGAUAUGGCUACGGAUCCUGGAUUACAGUUUCGUUGGAGUCCACAGGACCAUGAGUCAGCUCUCGAGCGCUUUCCGACAAACAACGCAAAAGAAGCUAUAUCACACGCUAGUCUUUUAGAGACCAGGGCUUCCUUGGGUGCACAAAAGAUACAGUAUACGACGGGACUUGGUGUCGUGAGUAUGCACUCUUCUAUGAGUUGCACAAAGACCGCAAUGACUGGAAGUCACAUGUUCAUCGAGUAUUUGUACAAUGCCGUAAUUGACACUGAAGACUCAAAUGACGACCUUUUCUUUCCUGAAGAUGUGGCCGCCGUCUCGAACCUCGGUUCCCUCUUCACAGAUGCUUCUGCGUGUGAAAAUCUGGACUUCUUCCACACGACAGUGCAAUACAUGCAAAUAAAUGAUAACUUUUGGAAUACUAAUCUUCCCGCUUGUGGUAUCACUUCAAUAUCUUUUGCUAUGGAAGAUGACCAGGGUAUUGAAUUCGAGUGGAUGCCUCAAGUGCGUGACUUGAUUAAGGAAACACCGACAUUUCGGUUUCUGGAGCUCAGAGAUUGGCAAAUGACGGAUUGUCCUUGGGGACUGGAUCAAGACUUCGACGAGCCAGGCACAUGGAACAUAACACAUCUCAGCGUCCUGGACUGCGGACCUGUCGUUGAUGACAUGCUUUACGUCUUCAAGAUGCCGAAGGAUCUCCAGAGCCUGAAAAUCACAUCCCACCUGGCACCCGACUAUAAGCGUCACGGCAUGGACAACCCAAUCAGCAUACAAAAGCCAUCCUUGUCCUUGACUCGGUCAAGGAUAAUCUUGUGGAGCUUGAGUUCGAUCCAGGACCCAGCGAGCAUUGGGUGCAUCCAGGAUUGGGCAUCAGACAAUUUCCCAAACCGAUGGAGCCUUGUCAAACUCAUACAUUUACACUCUACCCAAAGCUGCAACGUCUCAGAAUCCCGUUGGAGAUAG